GCACAUAAACUGAAUCUUCCACCUGCAGUGCUGCAUUCCUGCUUUAGAAAUCCUGGGGCCUUUAAUCCCAGGGAUCAGAAGAAGCCUUCAUUGGGAAAUGGGCAUGGAACAAACCGGGAAAUGAAAAGGCAGCAGUGCAGGAAAUGAAAGCACAGCCCAUAUCAUCAGCUGUGCUGGUUUGCAUGUAAGAUGAGCUUGUGGGGAAAUUGUUACCUCUGGAAAGGCUGCCCCUGGUCCUGAGGCAGUGAAGGGUAGGUAUAAAAGGCAGCCCCAGUCCCUGCUCUCUCAUCCACUUCUCUUGCCUCCUUCUGCUUGGGAAUCAGGUGAGUGUGAAGCCCCUUCUCCUCCUCUUCCAAACAGAGGUCUCCAUCACUUGAUGGACAUCUCAGCUGAUUUUGGCUUUCUCAUAUUUGGGGUUUGGAGUGCUUUUUCAUGAGAGAUGAAAGCGGGGAGGAGGUUGGCACAGAGAGAGACUGAGACACGACUGUGGUGGCUUUUGGUUUUUGCACCAGAAGAGAGCUUUGCUUCCUUGGGCCAGGCUCUUAGUAGCGCCCUGGCCAGAUGAGGCGAUGAAGACUGUGUGGCUGCUGGCACAGUCUCCAGCAUCCACUCAUGGAUGGCCUUUGCAGUUUUGUGAUGGGAUAACCAGGCUGCUCUUCACCCAUCCACCCUUGUGCUCUGUUUGCUCUCUGUCCCCUGUCCCAGGUGCAGCUCCAAGCUCAAGACAUGUCCUGCUACACCCCGUGCCGGCCCUGCCAGCCCUGCGGCCCGACCCCGCUGGCCAACAGCUGCAAUGAGCCCUGUGUCAGGCAGUGCCAGGACUCCACUGUGGUCAUCCAGCCCUCCCCCGUGGUGGUGACCCUGCCCGGGCCCAUCCUCAGCUCCUUCCCACAGAACACCGUGGUGGGAUCCUCCACCUCCGCUGCCGUUGGCAGCAUCCUCAGCUGUGAUGGAGUGCCCAUCAACUCCGGGGGCUUUGACCUCUCCUGCAUCACCAGGCGCUAUGGUGGCAGGAGGGGCCUCCCCUGCUAA